AUGUCGGAAGAGGAUAAGGAAGAGUAUGCCAUAGCCGAGCAUCACGUUUCCCAGACGCUCGAGACGAUGAUCAAACUUAUGCUCAAGUUACGCCCUCCUCAUGUUCUGUCCCUUCUCAACACCAUGGGCACAGCGAACGGCACCUUCGCCGGAUACGGAGGUGGAUUCAGGAUCCUGAUAGCGGAAGGGGCGUCGCAGAUACCGGAGCCCGUGUUAGUGGCAUUCGCCAACCGUCUCCCUCCGGCGCAGCAGGUUUACAUCGGGGAUAUCAAUCAGCUUGAACCGCAUGUGAAAUGUGGACGCAACUCGAACCCGGCAACUUAUGGAGCGCGCAGCAUCAUGGGCGUUCUUGUCAACGGGUUGCUACCAGAACCCAGGCCACUACUAUUGAGCACGCUAACCUUUCCGACUCCCACAGUCCCUUUCAUGUUCGUCAAUGUCGACGGUCGAUCGGAGCGUGCGGCCAAUUUGUCUCAUCGCAACAGUGCAGAGGCAAAAGUGUGCCUUGAGCUCUUACGCUUGUUUUUGGGUUGCGACCUAACGCUGGCGCAGCUCUGUAUCAUCACCUUCUAUCGUGAACAAUAUCGGCUGCUCAAGAGCGCAGCCAAAGAGUUUGGCGUGGAGCUCUCCACGGCCGACUCUGUUCAAGGAAGAGAAAAAGAAGUGGUCAUCCUCCUGACCAUCAGAACACAUGUUACGCCGGAAUCUGCUGAGUUCCUUGACGAGUAUAAGCGCAUGAACGUAGCACUGUCCCGCUGCCGCCAAGGCCAGUUCAUUCUCGGUCAUUUACCUUCUGUACUAUACUGUGGCACUUCUUUCUAUGUAUGGUCCAGGUUUCAUCGAGCUACUAUCGAGCUGUUAUUUGGAAGCACCACGCUCACCAUGCGAAGGCUACUGCAGGAUGUUUCUGCAAAAAUGACGCCUUUUUGGGGCACCGUUCCGGAAUCUGAGCUACGAACCUCCGCCAAGGCAUGGAACAAUGGUUUAUCCAACCAUGCAACUUUUCUCAUCCUUAUGCCCGAUAAAGUGAAAGCAUGCAAGAGAUCGGAAAACUUGGAUGCCAGCAGACAAUUGGAAGAAUGCCAAGCCUUGUUAAAUGUUUUGAGCCAUAAAAUCGGAAAAAUGAAAGCCAACUCGCUUACGAAUAUGCUUGGUGAAUUUGUCGCCAUCCAGAAAACUCCCGAAUUCAAACCGUGUUCAGCGUCAAUGCAGGAGUUGAACAGAGCAGUAAAGGAAGAGAAAAGGACCUAUAGUAUCAAGCAUCGCGCUGAGAGACCUCGUUUCUCAUCAGUUGGUGAUCUUUCACAGGAAGUGAGCUUGAACCCUACCGGUGAAGUCACCAUGCGUACUCUAUGUGACAAAAGAAGGGAACGCCCAUCCAGUCUUAUCGAGCGUAUCAGGCAGAGGAUUAGUCCUUCAAGGAAGAGCGAGGCAAUCACGGAGGUAGAAGAGGAGGAUGGAGAUUCGCGAUGCUCGCGAAAAUUUUCAACACGAUCCGCUAAGCUAUAUAUUCCUAUCGUGUAA